AAGGAUCACUGGUGGAGGCAUGGGUCGCAUAUGAGUCACUUACUUUUUGUGCAAUGUAUCUUCAAGAUGUUGAGAGAACUUUCAAUCGUCCUCAACGCAAUAAUGACGGUGGUGUCAGAAAAGAGAAACUGUCUGUUUUUGCCCAAAUUGCGCGACCAUUCGGCGAUCCUGUUAAAGGCGAAUCAUUUACCAAAAAUGACAUGGAGGUAGCGCAUUGGUUCAUACUCAACAAUUGUGACGAGGCUUUGUCAUACCUUGAAGAGCAUGAACGGUUGAUGAAGCGGGAACAUCCUUCACAUUUAUAUGCCAAGAAGCACCGUGACUUGUUUCCUUCGUGGUUUUACACACAUAUGAACAAAUUGAAGGAAUUGAAUUCACCCUCUUACGAUGAAGAAUUAUAUAACUUGGCGAGAGGACCACUUCACGUUGAAUUGUUCUCGGGUUGUCAUGUCAACGGGAUCAAGUUCUUGGGGGCAACACGUGAUGACAAGUUGUCUACUCAAAAUAGUGGUGUCCAUGUCCCGGGUGUGGGCGACAGUGAAGACAUUGAUUUUUAUGGCAAACUAACUAGUGUAGUACAAUUGCUUUACAAAAAUAGGUGUCAAGUGAUACUGUUUAAGUGUCUUUGGUUUGAUACAAACCCACAUAACCGAACAAGUGUUAAGCGAGAUCAUGGUUUACUAUCAGUAAACACUACGAGACAUUGGUACGAUGAAGACCCUUACAUUUUGGCAACUAUGGCGAAACAAAUAUUCGAUCUAGACGACCCUAAAGUCGGCAAUGGUUGGAAAGUUGUUCAGAAGAUUGAUCGAAGAAGGCUAUAUGAUAUUCCAGAACUAGAUCAUGAUGACAACGACGACAACGUCGCUGACCAACAGUUAUCAUCUUCGAUAGAAAUUGGUGAAGAAACACUCCGGGAUACUAAUAUUGUCCAAGAACCGUUUGACGUACAUGGAGUUCCCGAAUUCGAAAUAUCAAUUGACCUUGGUGAUCUGCCUCAAUACAAUGCACCGGAAGAGGCAAACGAAGAUGAGGAUGAAUGGGAAUCCGGAAAUGAUAGUAGUGAGGAUAGCGAGAGUUAUUAUUGUAGUUCGGAUGAGGAUUAAUUUAAACUUGUAAAGGAAAAAGCAGGAGGCUAAAGGUUUAACACCGCUUCUCAUCUACCACUACUAAUAUUCCCAACAAAUCGUCUGAUCGUCUCCGUUCUAUAAAGAUAAAGAUAUCAUGUUGUCAUUGUUGCAUUUUUGACAUGGCUUGGAUGGUUCAACCCUGGAGAAUUUGGUCUUUUUCUGGAAAACUAGAUACGAAAAGGCAUGGAUAAAUUUCAGCUGGCAUUACAAUUC